AUGAUGCGACUGAAAACGGAGAAUGAGAAGGGGGAAAGUGGCCUCCGCAAAAAGGAAGCAGCAGCGAUUGAAGGGACAAUAGGUGUUCGAAUGGGAAGAGGAGAGAAGGCGGCGGGGUGGAAAACCAGGGCGUCGGCGCGAGAGAGGGGAGUAGGCAUGGGCGGCGGGAAUGAGAACGACAUCGACGCAGCGACAGGUGGGAGAGGAGAGGUCGAUGGGGCGAGCGAUGGGGAGGGGAAGCGAGGGCGACGGGCGGGGGAAAGCGAGUUUCAACCAUCUGAGAAGCCCGUUCUUCCUGAAUGUGGCAGGAUUCAGGAAGGUUUCUUCCAAGAAGCGGCUCAUUCCUGGGUCAACCUACCACUUGUGGCCAAGGCACAGAGGGCAAGUUGGGGCACCACAGGGAUUGCCGCCACCAGCUGCUCCUCCAUUGACGUCCCAAACACUAGCACCAGGCGUGGAACGCGAGGACCCGCCUAUGCAGCGGAGAAUGUGUUCAAGUUUUAUGCCCUCUAA